AUGGCGAUCGCACCUAAUCAAAAUAUCUCCUUGUCAGACACGUUGUCCUUUGUACCGAAGUUCGACGGCAAUCCCAAUGAACUAAUAGACUUCUUGAACUGUUGUAAAGAAGCAAAGUCCGUUCUGCCGGGCGAAGCCGAAGGAAACCUCGCAAAACUCAUAUAUGGAGUCAAAUUAGGUAGCAAGGUCAAAACUUCCCUUAACAUUGAGGUCCCAGCCGCGAUCGCUCUUUUAACGACGGCACUAAAAAAAAUUUACAUCCCGAAUAAAACCCUCUUUCAGCUCCAGGGUGAACUCGGACGAAUGUACCAAAAAGAAGGGGAGUCUGUGGUCGAAUUUGUGAAUAGACUCCGGAGGAAAGGUCCCAAUAGGAUCGAUAACGGUAUAAUGUAUGUUCCACCUCGGAGUGAAUCGACAUUCUUCGUAAACGUUCAAAAUCCAGAGGUUCGGGAAGGUUCUAUACCUAAGUUAAAAAUCUGUAAAGGAGUAUUCGCUGGUAACUGUUUAGUUAAAGUCAGUAAUAAGAACCGCGCAUAUCUCCAGAUUUGUAAUACCACCGAAAAGGAGGUCGCUGUAAAAAUCGCGACUCUGGCUAUUCGCGAAGUUGAGAUAGCUCAGACUCAAGAUUCAUCUCUUAAAGACAUUCAUGCCCGAUUCGAUAUUACAAAACCUAUUUUUAACAUUCGGGAAAGAAUAGGAGUUACGGAUAAUUAUUACGUGAAGUGUUCCAACAUUCACGUAACAGGAUAUUUUGGUAGGAAAGGAUUGAGAAAAGAUUGUGGAGAGGAUCAUCUUAAU